GUAAUACAAAUCAACAAAUUCAUUAUGCUGUAAGAACUUUAUUAGCCUUUAAUUUGUUGCCCCGUGUGGGGAUUGGGAACUGGGAAAGCACAGCCAUAUAAAUGGCCAUCAUCACUAUCAAAUUUCUAUCAUUUUGGCUGCAUUCACCAUGGCACAGAAAAGCAAAGUUUUAGUUGUGGGAGGCACUGGAUACAUCGGAAAAUUCAUAGUUAAUGCAAGCGCAAAAGCCGGACACCCCACGUUUGUUCUUGUCAGAGAGAACAGCCUCUCUCAUCCUCACAAAUCCAACCUUAUUCAAAGCUUCAAGAGUUCCGGAGUCACCUUUCUAUAUGGUGAUCUAAGUGAUCAUUCAAGUCUUGUUAAAGCAUUGAAGCAAGUUGAUGUUGUCAUCUCUGCUGUAAGUGGAGCACAAAAGGAAGACCAACUCAACAUCAUAUCGGCAAUAAAAGAAGCUGGAAACAUCAAGAGGUUUCUGCCAUCGGAAUUUGGGCUGGAUGUAGACCGUCAUAACGCGGUUGAGCCAGCAGCUAGUGCUCUUGCGGGAAAAGCGAAAAUCAGAAGGGCGAUUGAAGCUGAAGGAAUUCCCCAUACUUAUGUUGUUUCCAAUGCCUUUGCUGGAUACUUCUUAAGUACUCUUGGACAGCAAGGUGUCACAGCUCCUCCCAGAGAUAAGGUAGCCAUUUUGGGAGAUGGAAAUGUCAAAGGAGUUUAUGUUGCGGAGGAGGAUGUAGGGACUUAUACCGUCAAAGCAGUGGAUGAUCCCAGAGCUUUGAACAAAAUCUUGUACCAAAGACCCCCUGCUAAUGUUUUGACAUUCAACGAGAUUGUUUCGCUGUGGGAGAACAAGAUUGGCAAGACCCUUGAAAAAAUAUAUAUCCCUGAGGAUCAAAUUCUUAAGAACAUCCAAGAGUCACCUUUUCCUGAGAGCCUUCUCUUGGCAUUAUCCCACUCUGCGCUGGUUAAGGGAGAUUGCACAAACUUUGAGAUUGAACCUUCUUUUGGCGUGGAAGCUUCUCAAUUAUACCCUGAAGUGAAAUACACCACUGUCGACACCUACUUGAAUCAGUUUGUUUGAAAUCCAUGGAGUGCAUCAUACCUAUAAAUUUAAAUUACUCUACUCAGCGCAAUAAAACUACUGUAGGGGCCUAUCAUGUGU